GCCCCAGCUGGCCCGGCGUCACCAAGUCCCCGUCCUUGACUAAAGAAAGCGAAGGGAAUCGACAACAAAGAAGUCCAUGCCGUGUGCCAUCUUCGGGGACAGCGCACUUGUUCUAAUUGGACACCACAAAUCGGCUGUUCUGCACGGCGAGACAACCAAUUGCGACCAUCAUCGCACGAAUUCUCGCUUAUAAACUCGCGCUCGCACAAUGGACCGGAAGAUUACUCGACAAACCACACUGAUCAGGACUUGGCGUCGCAGGCUUUACUCCUCAUCCUCCUACAUACUACUUUACAAGUUUAAGUUUACCUCCAUCUCCAAGAAACCAUCAACCUGCCUCCGAUGGCCUCUAGAGUCGUUCAGCGCGAAGACCGUGCCUACCCGGCUUACAAGGAUGCCGGCUUCCUGUUCGACCCCAGUUUCGACAAGAAGUCAACCUUCAAGGAUCCUAUCGUCAUCGACGAAGAGGGCGACCUUUGGAUAGAAGUGGGCGGCGGCUGCGACCGCGAGCCAACAAAAUGCGAGGGGGUGUGCCGCUUCAGGGUCAGGUCCCAGGCCAUGCGGGAGUUCUCAAGCCUCUGGCAGACCCUGGUAGCCACGGCGCGGAAGUCACAAGAACCUGGCAAAGAGCUGGUGGUGAGGCUCCCCAAGGACGAGCCGCUAGCGAUCGCCGCCCUGGUCGCCGUCUGCCACCAGCGGGUGGAUCUGCUACCGAGGUGGCCAAACCACGUCCCCCGCCACGAGCGUAUCUCGCGCCUCCUCUCGGCGGCCGACAAGUACGGGAUGGUGGGCGCCUUCAGACAAGAUUUCCGCCCCGACUGGAUGUCGCACGGCCGGCCGCUCCCCUACGCCGAGAGCAAAGGCGACCCCGCCGGGACGCUGCACCGGCUGAACGUGGCCUGGCAAUUGGAAUGCGUCCAGUUGGUGGAGGAGACCGCCUGGAUGAUCAUGUGCCAUGCCACAAAGGCGGAGGUCGACGAGUUGGUCCGCCUGACGGACCGCGGCGACGAGAUUGGGCUCCCCUUCAGGCUCGGGGACUUGAUGGGCGUGAUCGCGAAUUCCCGGCGGCAGUUGAUCCAGUGUGGCCUGGGCUGCUUCCAGAAGGGGAUGGAAGAGUACGAAAAAAGAGAUUGGUAUACGAACAUGGGGCCUCUUCUUGAUUGGUCGCAAACCGCUUUGGCGAGACCGAUCGACCGAUAUGCAGAACAAAGAGCGCCGCUUUGGGAGGGUCACCUCUCCAGAUUGGACCUGAAUGGAGAUGAUAUCGAAAGAAUGGGCGGCGAGCCCGUUAAACUGCUAAUGUAGUGGAUACUCACCAUACUCUCCUCGGACGGGUGUUGAACUGGGGCGCACCACCGGUCCUCUGGCAAGUGUUCGGGUGGCUUUUCAAUUUUGCGUUUUCCGUUUCCUUUUCUUCCCGCAUUGGCGGUCCUUGUUUUUAGUUAAAAGUCCCGGCCCUCUUAGCGGUGUAGAAUCAAGUAGAAUUCUAUUGUUUUUUAGUACUCGUAGGAGAUCUUUUCAUCUUCCUAUUUUGCGCUUCUCCACGUCAACAUAUACGAUAUACCAAGGCCAAAUCCCCUAGCCGACAAUGCAUGUGGUGUGAAGUCGCGUCGCCGUAUAGAUCGUAUUUUAAAGGAGACCUAGAUACCUCGGUAAAUUCAAGUCAACCCCCCCUUAAAUCAUCCCGCCCCUUCCCUUUCCAUGUCCUCCUCACCAACCCCACCAUCAUCAACGCCCCCCCGACCCCUUCUCUCUUUCUCUCCUUCCUUCCCACUCUCUUCACCA